UCGGUCUCCAGCCGCGGGCAAGUGCCCUUUACCCAGUGUUGAAGGCGGGGCUUCACUCCGGAAGCGCCUGGCAGCCCCUCCUUCCAGCUUACGCCCUUGAGUUGCUAGGCUACCGGGACCCUCGCCGAAAGCGGUGGCGGCUGGGCGAGACGCGUCUCGUCUGUCCGGAGCUGGCCCGGCCUUUGUAGCUGCCGUGCCGUGGCCUUUGGCCUUCCGCCCUGCAUAGCUUUUCUCUGGCGCCGUGCCCACCCCUGCUGCCCCGUACAGGCCAGGGCGCGAAGACGGUCGCACCCUGCCCUCCGCUCUCCUAGGAAAUCUGCGCGCCCUUCCCCGACGCUUCGGGGAAACUGCCCCUUACUACCUUCCCUGGACCAGGAAUCUCUGAGCCCCUGAAUUCCGUUUUCCGGGCCCCUGACCGUUCUUUCUCAUCUACUCCCAAAUGACUUAACCGGGUCUUUCCAUUCUCAUUUCUUUCCCUUUUCUGCGGUGUCCUAGUGGUGGCCAUCGCCCUCCAAAGAGAAAGGGAAGCAUGAAGCUAGGAAGGGUCCCGAGACCGCGGGAGGAGACUGGAAGAUGAGACGUGCUCCGUGAUUCCUCAGCUUCUAUGUAAUCAGUUGCCCUUUGGAAACUGGGCAGGGGUUGUGGCUGGAUACCGGUGUCAUUGACUGGUCUUGAGCAUACCACGCAGAAGUAACAUGUUCCCAGCAUUGGAAACAGAACUCAAGCAGGAGACUCUUCCUGAUCCCUAUGAAGACUUUAUGUACCGUCACCUCCAGUACUAUGGCUUCUUUAAAGCUCAGAGAGGCAGUUUACCACACUCAGCUACACACCAGCAUGUUUGGAAGAAUAAUCCUCAAUACCUACUGAGUGGCUCUUUUGGGAAAAGAGAUGAUUUGAUACCAGGACCCCUGUAAAAAGAGAAGCUUUUGCAUACUACCUGUCUGUCUUCAAUUGUGCACAAACAGACAGAAGCUGUGAACAGAGGGCCCCUUAUGCUGAGUUCACCACUUGUUAAGAGCAGACAGCUUCUUCAUGAUGAAUUUGGUGAACUAAACCCACGUCUUCGAGAACCCCGAGAUCUCUUUGCCUUUUUCCCUAGCAGCCAGCCACUGCAGGAUCCAUGAUGGCCAAAAGAAUGCGAGGUCAUCAAGGAAAAUGUUCAUCAUAUUGAGUGGGUUCCACCUCAACCUGAAUAUUUCUAUCAACCUACAGGAAAUGAAAAGGUACCAGAAAUUGUUGGAGAGGAAAAAGGCACAGUAGUCUAUCAGUUAGAUUCAGUGCCCACUGAAGGUUCCUAUUUCACCAGUUCUAGAGUGAGAGGCAAAAGAGGAAUUAUCAAGGAGGUCGCUGUCACAUUGCGAGGACCAGAAGAUAAUACUCUACUGUUUGAAUCAAGGUUUGAGAGUGGGAAUCUGCAAAAAGCUGUCAGAGUAGAUACCUAUGAGUAUGAACUCACCUUAUGAACUGACCUCUACAUGAACAAACACACUCAGUGGUUUUAUUUUCGAGUUCAGAACACCAGGAAAGAUGCCACCUACCGCUUCACCAUUGUCAACUUGCUAAAACCCAAGAGCCUUUAUACAAUAGGGAUGAAGCCACUCAUGUACUCCCAAUUAGAUGCCAACACCCACAAUAUUGGCUGGAGGAGAGAAGGAAAUGAAAUCAAGUACUAUAAGAACAACAUAGAUGAUGGGCAGCAGCCUUUUUACUGUCUCACAUGGACCAUUCAGUUUCCACAUGACCAGGACACUUGCUUCUUUGCACACUUCUACCCAUAUACAUACACUGACUUCCAAUGCUACCUCCUGUCAGUGGCAAAUGACCCCAUCCAAUCUCAGUUCUGCAAACUCCGCACUUUAUGCAGAGGCCUAGCAGGAAAUACUGUGUACCUGGUCACCAUCACCAAUCCAUCCCGGACCCCUCAAGAGGCAGCUGCAAAGAAAGCUGUGGUCUUGAGUGCUAGAGUCCACCCUGGGGAAAGUAAUGGCUCCAGGAUCAUGAAAGGCUUUUUGGAUUUCAUCCUUAGCAAGUCCCCAGAUGCCCAGCUCCUCAGAGAUAUCUUUGUCUUCAAAGUGGUUCCCAUGUUAAAUCCAGAUGGAGUGAUUGUGGGGAAUUACCGGUGUUCUCUGGCUGGAAAGGACUUGAACAGGAAUUAUAAAACAGUUCUGAAGGAAUCUUUUCCUUCCAUCUGGUAUACCAGGAACAUGAUCAAAAGGCUUCUUGAAGAAAGGGAGGUUCUCUUGUAUUGUGAUUUCCAUGGCCAUAGUCGUAAGAAUAAUAUCUUCCUGUAUGGCUGUAAUAACAGCAAUCCCAAGUAUUGGCUUCAUGAGCAAGUCUUUCCAUUAAUGUUAGGCAAAAAUGCACCAGAUAAGUUCUCUUUUCGUAGUUGCAAUUUUAAGGUCCAAAGGUGCAAAGAAGGAACAGGACGAGUUGUGAUGUGGCGGAUGGGAAUCCUAAACAGCUACACCAUGGAGUCUACCUUUGGCGGGUCCACCUUGGGCAAUAAAAGGGACACGCACUUUACCACUGACGAUCUGAAGUCCCUAGGUCAUCAUGUCUGUGACCCCCUUCUGGAUUUCUGUGAUCCUGACCCAACCAAGUUCAUGCAGUGUCUAGCAGAGGUUAAAGAGCUCUUACAACAGAAAAUACAUAAGAAAUUCAAUGAACUUGGUCAAGAUAUGGAUUUAGAAGGAAGUUGGAGUGACAUCUCUUUGUCUGACAUUGGAUCCAGCACCAGUGGCUCUGACAGCUCCUUCUCAGAUGGUCUCCCUGUUCACCUACUGAACACAGUAGAUGAGUUGAGUCAAAAGAAGAUGAUGUAUAAGAAGAAAAAAGGGAAGCCACUUCAGACCAGAAAACAGCGAAAUGAACAGUAUCAGAAAAAUAAUUUGAUGCAGGAGUUAAAGUUAACAGAAGAUGCCCCAUUACAAUUAACUGGAAGAAACAAAGGCACCCCCCUGCACCCAACAAAAUUGACCACCUUGAUUCUGAUGAAGAAUAAAGAGAGAAUACAGAAAGAGAAGCCAAGAUUUAUAUCACACUCUCCAAAGAGAAGCACAAACCCCAGCCAAGAGCUGGCUCCAGAUAUGAAGCCAAACUGGCCCAGGAACAAAUAUCCUGCCACAAAGAGUGGCUGCACCACCAUAAUGGCUUACCCAUCCUUGCACAUAUACACAUACCCAUAGGGUGCCUGGGCCAUGCCACACAGGUACUUCCUUGGAGUGUUUUGGGUUAGACACAUUUUGUAAAGGGGAGAGUUGUAUGAUUGGGAACUAUGUUCAUUUGUGGUAUACUGUGUUGUGCAUCAUUGUGCACUGUCCUUUCACUAU